UUUGGCGGUAGGCCUACUUCACCGGUGUUACAUCCGGGAACAAGAAUCAACAAAACCCGGGUGUGCGCAGCAAACAGUAUCCGUGUUUAAGCUUUCAGCUUUGUUCGUUUGAUUCCAGUUAGGUGAUAAGCUCCAAUUAAGACAGAUUCCAGUAUGAUUCGCUUUGUGGCCGUAGUCUUCUUUGGUCUAGUGUGCGUCAAGCUGGCGCAUACAGCGCAGGACGGGUAUUGUUUCCGUUUCCGCAAUCCGGCCGGCUCUUGGGGUAGAUGCCAGCAACUGAUCGAGAGGGCGCCGGACGGGACCCCCGUGAACACCCAGGAGGAGUGCUGCCUCCUGGGCGCCGACGGCUGGUCUGAAAAGAGCAGUGGCAAGAGGUGUGGCGCUGCCUGCCCAGAGCCGGGAGAAGAUCAGCCAGAUCCAGGGGCCGGGGCGGCGGAGAACAGACCUCCGCAGGCUUUCCAGGAAGAAGCCAAGGAUCAGAAUGUUGUCGAAGGAGUGUGGGGUACAUGGAGUGACUGGCAACCAUGUUCUGUCACGUGCGGUUCGGGAUUCUCCGAGAGAAGACGAGACUGUAGACGCCCACGCGAUCAUCCCGAUGAUAACUUCCAGUGUUCAGGGGACAGGGUUGAGCACAGGGAUUGCAAUGCUGGGGUCAAGUGCCCUGUACACGGCCAGUGGAGCGAGUGGUCUCCGUGGAGCGAGUGUAGCGCCACAUGUGGUGACACACUGUCCAGGUUUCGGGGGUGCAACUCCCCCGCCCCACGCUUUGGCGGAAAUCAGUGCGUGGGGGAGGGGAGGGAAGUCCGGUGGUGCAACGAUAGAAGGAACUGCCCGAUUCACGGAGGCUGGCGGCAGUGGAGUGCCUGGUCGCCUUGCUCCGUGUCAUGCGGCCGAGAUGGCCUGCGUCGGCGCUUGCGUAUGUGCACCAACCCGGCUCCACGCUACGGCGGGAGGGACUGCGUUGGAGACCAGACGAGCACCCGGCCUUGCCUUGCGAGAAAAAGAAACUGCCCCAUCGAUGGCGGCCUGAGUGAGUGGGGUACGUGGAUAUGUCCUCAAGAAUGCGCCAACAACGGCAGAGGGUCUGCAGUGCGCAGGCGCUCCUGCAACAACCCCACGCCGAAGUACGGAGGGAAACAGUGCAAGGAAAAACAUAUUGAGACUGUAGCUUGUUCUAUGGCGAUCUGCCCAGUGGACGGUAUGUGGGGAUCGUGGUCGAGAUGGGGCGGCUGCUCGUCCACCUGCGGAGAGAGUGCCUUCAAAAGCAGGCGACGAGAUUGCGAUAACCCGCCUCCCGAAAAUGGCGGGCUGAAAUGCGAAGGCAAAGGCCACGAAAUUAAACUGUGCAACUUGGACCCUUGUCCGGGAGAUGCGUCCGUGUCAAUCGAAUAUUCUGAAGGGAGUGGGGAGACUCCGCCGUGUGAUGAUGAAGACUACCCAGGGACGGGAGAGGGCGGUAGCGGCUGUAAGAGUGCUGGUAGCGGUGAACCCGAGACAGAAAGCCCGAUCAGCAGCCUGAUUUACCAUUACUAGCGAUUGAAUCCUCACCGCUUCCCCUCAGGAUGAGCCCUUUGAGCCGAGUGGAAUUCGGUCUUUGGAGAAACAUUUAGACGCUUAUAAAACUGUAUGAUAACUCUUCUUUAACACUUUUUAAGGGGGUUCCACUUUCGAUACGAAAAAGUAUUCUCCGUAUAGAAUGCGUUGUUUGGUUUGCAAGACAAGGAAAAAAAAUGAAUGAUAAAAGUAAUGGCAAUGAUAAAAGAAAUACAAGAACCAAAUAUUUGAGAAUUUAAUCCAAUGUGAACAAAGAAGAUUGGUCAAAGUAGGUCAUGCCACGCUAUAUCCUGCCCUACAUUGCGCUACUUGGUUCGACAGCUAAUACAUGUACAUAAUUCUGGCUGGGGGGGGGGUCAGGCAAAUGAAUUCCCUUUCGGUUCGGUAUUUUUCUUUCGCUGUUGAUUUAGUUCACUAUUUUUUCCCUGCAGUUAUGGUUAAACCAAAAACUUCAAAUUCCUCUCUUAAAUUACGUGUGUAUAGCCCCACCGUGUAGGCCUUCACCACAUAAGGUGACAAUUUCUUGUGUUGAAGAAGACAAAAAUUGGACCCUAUAAACGUUUUGUAUUGAGUCCUCAUAACGUCUGUAUUUGAAUACGAGGGCGCUUUGUGUACGAUUGAGCCUCUAUACACAGUAGCCCAUUGGAGACUGCCGUUAUAUUUUCUUACGGCCAGUGACCUUUCAACCUGAGCACUUACCUAGUAUUACCUGUCGAUACAAGCCUUUCAGUGCGACCAUUCUAUUCCCUACACUGAGCAUGGUAUUGGUAAUAUUUCAGAAAGGACGUGUAUAUUCUGACAGAGAUCUUUGCGCAUUUUUUCUACAGCACAUUGAGCAAGUUUCCGCUUGAAAACCCAUGUUGACCACCCAACCACCCACCCAACCACCCAACUAACCCACCAACCACCCAUGAGGACUCUGUCCCAUUCAAAGAGGAUUUUAGAUUGUUGUUCUCCUUUCGUUUUCUACUGUUUCCCCUAUUUUCCAACAUUCUGUACUGUAGCCAUUUUGCUUUUAAAGGUCUGCAUGAAACUGUCUGCUUCUUUUCCGUCAGGACAAAAAAAUUACGUCACCACGUGAUCACUUUACAAUUCCUGCUGUGUCCAGUUUUGUAAUCCUCGCAAGUGGCUUGUGUCGUGUUUAAACUUGUCUAUCAAAUCCUCCAUGUCCUUGUUACAUGCUCAAAAUUGUCUGUCACAAAUUGCGGGAAGUUUUACAUUUUAUGUCACAUAUGAAAUAGUAGCAAUAAGAGAGAGAAGCCAGAAAAUAAAAGUACGCAUUACACUAGAAUAAAGUUCCACCUGGAAAAUGUUUUUGCACGGCAAAAUA